GUCGGCUCCCGCCGCCGCGGAACCCGGCGCCGCCGCCAUGGUCUCCUGGAUCAUCUCCCGCCUCGUGGUGCUGAUCUUCGGCACCCUCUACCCUGCGUAUUCCUCCUACAAGGCCGUGAAGACGAAAAACGUGAAGGAAUAUGAAAUAUUGGCUGAGGAUGGGAGGAACAGUGUGGUCUGGAAGCAUAUGGAAGUCCAGGGACAAGUUCUUUUCUCCAACUUUGUUCUUACUUUGUGUCCUUUUACUGCUUUUUCAGUACUGCUUUUGUUUUCUUCUAAAAACCUAAAUAAUCAUGCAUGGUUUGUAUUAUCCUAUCAACCUUGCUUGUGAUCAGCAAUUCCUGUUGGUCAAGACUUCAUUCUCAUUCCAUCCUGGAAACAUUUCCUUCUCUCUCUCUCUCUCUCUGCCUACGUCAUUGUUGCAAUUGCCAUAUUUAAAACACCAAAUAGUUUUCAGUGAUGCGGUGUGUUGGUUUCUUACAGAAGCGCUGUUCUAAGAUGAUUAGAGGAGAUGAGCUAUUUGUUUUAUGGAUGGGAAGAAUUUCUGCAUAUUUAGAGCAGUGAAUAAUCAGAUAGAGAAGAGAGGUGAAGUGGAUGAUGUACUGGAUUGUGUUUGCCUUUUUCACCACUGCAGAAACACUCACAGACAUUGUUCUUUCUUGGUUUCCUUUUUAUUUUGAGUUGAAAAUCGCAUUUGUGAUUUGGCUGCUCUCCCCUUACACCAAGGGCUCCAGUGUCCUCUACAGGAAGUUUGUGCACCCAACGCUCUCCAAUAAGGAGAAGGAAAUCGAUGAAUACAUUACUCAGGCUCGUGACAAGAGCUAUGAAACCAUGAUGCGAGUUGGCAAGAGAGGGUUAAACCUGGCUGCCAAUGCAGCAGUUACUGCAGCUGCAAAGGGCCAAGGAGUUUUGUCUGAGAAGCUACGAAGUUUCAGCAUGCAGGAUCUCACUCUUAUCCGGGAUGAAGAUACUGUCCAUUUGCGAAGCCAUGAACCACAGCUGCAACCCCCUGGAGCGAGCCUCCUUGAAACCAUUGAGGAUUCAGCUUCCUGUUACUCCUCAGGAGAGGAGAGCAGUUUGGCACAGAGGUCUAAUGGAACCUUGACAGAAACCAGAACAGACCCAUCAGAUGAAGAUGCAGGAGACAAACUGCCAAAACGUACUCAGAGCCUCAAAGCUACCAAGAAGAUGACAAAAGCUGAGCUUCCAGUAAAAAGUGUGAAAGCCCGCCCUAGGAAGAAAGCUGCAGGAUCUCUUGCUUCUGGCGAGUCAUCCUAAGGAGACCUUCCCUCCCCAGCACCUAUCUCUGUCCUAGGAUUUGCCUGUCACUUUUGAGUGGAAACUCUUCCAAAGGAAGGGAGCUGAGAUUGAUGUACAUAACAGAUGCUGCUUAGUAGAGCUCAUUCCAAGGCAAGGGGGAGGCUGGGAUUCAGAACAUGGAUCAGAGGAUACAUAUCCUCAGGAAUUUACUCCUUUUCAUUCCUCUCUUGGAGGGAACACUAUGUCUGUACAUAACCUGUUGCUUUGGAAUUCCCUCUGUAUAAUCCUAGUUGGGAAGAAUCUUUACUGGGAGAACAGGCUAGGGUUAGAGACACCUGUUGAACAGAAGCUGGAAAAAUAAUUAGACACUGGAGUUCCACAGAGGUGGGUGGUUCCCUAGAAUAUCUUAUCUUGCUCUGAGUAUCCUUCUGCAGCUGUGUGUUGUUAGAAGUGCCCACAACAAUUCACCCUUUUUAAAAAUGGACCAUAGCUGUUAUGUCCUUCCCCUUUCAGAAGGUGACUGUUGAAUGCUUUUGAACAUAAAGGACUGGCUCAUGGGAGGAGUGUGCCAGAUUCUAGUUCCUAGUACUGGAAAAUGAAGAGAUUGGGUUUUAUUUUAUUUUUUUUUCUGGAAGGUUAAUUGAGGAAAUUGAAAAGCUGAGUUAUGAAGAAAAUGUGCUGUUAUAUGCACAUGUGAAAGAGUAGAUAGAGAUAUCCAGAGGAAGUAACUAUUGAGAAGGAAAGUUGCUCAUCCAUAAGAUUUUGGUUGCUUUUGAAGCUGCUUUUUAUUUCAGGUUCUGUUGUUUACUUUGAUUCCUGUAAGAGCAUGACAGUGAGAGGAGUCCUGUGUAGUGGGUAAAGGCAGGGAGAACGUUACUUUGCCAUUUAAUUGUGUAACUCCAUGUCAUCAUGGUGCUUUUUAAUACAGACAAAUUCUUUCAUUCUAGAAGAUUUCUGGGGAAAAUCUGGCUCAUUAGUCUGCAAGUGUACUUGAGAAUUUCAGAAGCCCUUGUCUCUUAGCUUUAGGAGAUCCAUUCCUCAGGGCACAGGAACUGAGCCUGAUGUAUGAACUUCACUAGUUCUAGGAUUCCAUUUAUGGAUUAUAAAUUGCAGGGACCAGUGAACACUAUUGUACUUUAUCAAUCUUCUUGCUUUGUCCUACUCCAGCCCUUGCACAUGUUUUCUCUCUGUGACCAUUAGCCUUGUUUAUCAAUGCCCUGAGACCUGAGCAAUAUGCAACAUUUGGGACAGAAGCACAUUGUAUGUGGAAUAUGUAUUGUGGGAGUGAAACUGCAGAGGAAAUUUUCAUGUGUGCCAUAGAUUCUAAUACAUUGAGUAUUGGUAAGGGGAGAUCCCUUGUACGCACACCCAUGGGAAACAAGUAGAGUUCUUGUUGUGGAAACUUUUAGUGCGGGAGUACCCUUAUGGACAUGACUGUCGGAAUGAAUACUUGGUGGUUUUAAUCUUUACUGAAACUACAGCUCUAGGUGCAGACACUCAUGUUUUCUCAUGUCUCUAGCUAUUACAGUUCUGACAGCAUUGCAGUGGGUUUUUCACAAAGCUGAGUAUUUUGUUGACAAUGUAUAGAAGCCCAACUGCAAGUAAGAUUUCACAAAUAUUUCUGUCCUAAAAAGUCAUACUUCAGAAGUUUAUAAUGUUUAAGACUGGGACUGAAAUUUUUAUUGUUUCCCAUUGUCUUGGUGGCAAACUUAUGAAUUAUUUCAUUUUUGGGUGGAAACAAAUUAAGUUGUUUUUACUUUUAUUUGUAGCUUUUAAAAUUUUAAAUCUUGACCAACCGUAUCAGAAAUAUUUGUCCUAAAGUAUCCACAAGUCCUUACCCAGGAUCCAGUAGAAAACCUUUGAUCUGACUUUGAGAUUUGUGUUUAAAACAAACAAAAAAGAAGUUUUGUAUUUUUUUUUAGUUCAUUAACAAUCAUUGUAUACAUGUCUUGCUAGUACAUGCAAAGGCAUGUACCAAGGCAAGAAUUCUUCCUGUUUCCAAUGGAAAUUCCUCUCUCCAUGAGGAACAAAAAUCUUUGCUGAAUAUGUGAAAGAUUCAGUUGUGAGAAACUGCUUACUAGACUUUACUGUAUUGAACAAGACAAAACCAUUAUUCUUUAUUUCUUUAUACACUAAGUACUUCCGUGACCACAUUUCUGGACUUUUUUUUUUUUUUUUUUUUUUUUUGCUUUUUAAACUAAAAAUCUCUGUAGCAAAUUAAUUAUCUAAUUCAUUGUGAGGGGCUUGAUUUGGAGGCCAAGGAUGGGUUAGUCUGUCCUUAUACUGAUAUUCCUGCCUUUUCCUUGUGCAUGUACUGUGAUAGUCUUGGAUUACUCAAUUUUCAUACAGUGACUUUCCAGAAUGCUUUCUAGAAUCAGGUCAUUUGCAGGAACUCCUGCUUUGAAGCAUAAGAAGAAUUUUUGAAGACUCAAUUUUGGGAUUUUGAUUUGCUUUUGUUCUCCUGAACUAGACCCUGUACUAAGUAUCUUUUACUCAGCAUUGAUGCUUGAUGUCAGUAGCCUGUGGGUAAGAAUGGAUCAGUCUUGCCCUGACUUCUUGUACAGGGAAAUUAAAUGACUUUUGUUAUAAGAGAGUGUGGAGUAGUCAUGGACUCCAUUGAGGGUGAUAUGAAGCUGAUGAUGUCAGGGAGCAGAACUUACCUAGAGCAAGAAAAUGUCUUAGUAUGGACAUGAUUUUCUUCUAGUACAAAUGUGACCGUUAUAUUUUGCUCUGCUUGAUCAAAGCCUCUGCAAAUCUGCCACCACCCAUGUGAUCUCUCAGUGAGUUCCUAGAUGUAGUUCUGCUUUGGAUGGCAUGGUCUUGCAUAGAAAUUCUCUUGAUAAUGAGAAUGCUGAAUGUGCUGUUUUGGUAAAAUGCUUCUAUCAGCUGUUCCGUGUUUUCAGCAGGAAAUGCUGGAAUGUAGUUUCCAUCUAGUAUUUUCUAUGAGCUUGAUUGUGCAGUGAAGCAAAUGGCUAAAUCCAUACCUAGCAGUAGAACCCACUGUGUUCAGUAAGCAUUUAUACCCCUUUCCUAAUAUGCCCAGGCACAAAUAGAAACACAAAAAGAUUUCUACAGAACCCUGAAUUUCAAAAGUACUGAAUUUCAGAAGUAUUGAAAUCAAUACUUUUGAGUUUUACUUCUCCUUUGCCAUCUUAAUCAGCAGGAGAUAUGUGCCUUAGGAGGAAAGUGGGAUGAUUAUAGAACACACUGCUGGUUCUCUGGCUGCACAGAGCAUUGUGUUGAGGAGACUUGUUUGUUAACUGUGAAGUGGCAAGGUAUGCUUGAGAACAGCUGUUGAAUUGAGCUGUUUUCCUAUCUGUCUUCCAAACCUGCAUGCAAUGCUGGAAAGUAUGGGUUAUUGCCUAAGACACAAAUCUGGAAAAAGGGGGAAAAAAUGGCCUUCUUUCUGAUGGGGACAUUGUAUUGCCACAUGACUCUGCAACUUCCUGGGGAGAUGCUGAAUCACAUUGCUCUUUGUAACUGUUCAGUAUUAUAGACUUUCUUGCUUGACCCAUUAUGAAUUUGUAACUUGGCACCAGGCUGAAUCAUCUUGUGCUGCUCUCUGAGUUGCCGUGUAAAGCCAAAUGUGUGGAAAGAUAUUCUGAAGCUAUGUGAUUUCAUAGAAUGUUUGAGAUUGGAAGAGGAUCUCUGCAGCUCAUCUGGUCCCAUUGUUCUACUCAAGCAGGGCUACCUAGAGCUGGUUGCCCAGGAGUUCCUGUUAUAUGUGGUCUGGAGCCUAUUGAAUGUAAUGUUUAAGACCUGGUAUAUGUAUAAAUACAUACGCUGUACUGUAUGGGGCUGUGCUUUAGUGUUAACUGAGGAAAAAGGAUUCCUGGUUACCUUUCAUCUUGAUUUUGGCACUAUUAGAAGAUGCUGUAAACAUAACUCAGUUUUAUGUUAUUUCUAGGUUUUGUUUUGAAGCCUGUAGGCUUCAGAAGAGAUCUAAAGAGGUGUGCAGAGUAACUUUUGAGAACAAUUGCUUUUAAUGGUAAAUGAAGACAGUAAAUUUCCACAGGAGCUAAGAACUUGUCCUGUGAGACAGGGUAGGGUGGAAAACGGGCUAUGUACAGUACAAAGUUGUCCAGGAAAUACUCUUGACUUUUUCUGAGCCUCAAGCUAUACUUGAACUCUGCACCCUACAGAUUAGAGCUUGGUUGUUCUUUUACGGAACUUCUGUCUCUGUCUUACCUUUCUAAACUGGGCUUGACCUACAUGCACUUAUUCUUGGACCUUUCAUCACUUCAGAACAAUAAAGUUUGAAUUUUUCCUCAGUGGUCAGCUGAUCUGUGGGGAGGAUCUGAUGAACUAGGCAUCUCACAGCAUUUUCUAAUAGAUGUGUUAUGCUGAGGAAGCACCAGCAGGGAGCUCCAGGGGACAGAUAAAUCUGUGAAAUUGGAUGCACGCACAAAGUCUGCAUUUUUGGAUGAACUAAAUGCUGGACUUUGUUACACUCAUAUGCCAGUUAUCUGUAGAAUCCCAACGCUCAAUGCCAGAACUGCUAAUGCAAGGAAUCAAAAUAAUAUGAAAUGAAGAGAAACAGUGGCAAACACUUUCUCCUGCAGUUUUGCAGGUAAAUUUACAUUUCAAGGUGCUGCUUCUCCUAAAAAAAUUUCUCUAACCCCUUUGCAAGUAAACCAUUACCUCCUUGCUCUGUUUCUCAGCUCCUAUCUUUUCAUUACCUGGCUAUAUUUCUUAUGUUUUCUUUUAUUAAGCAGAGGACUACCUCCAUUUUGCCUACUAUGGAGACAUUUAAAAAACAAACAAACAAAAAAAAACUUUUAAGAGCAACUGUUACCAGUAGCAUAGUGUGAUGCAUUUGCCUUCUCUUGCAGCACAUUCUCACUUUAAAUAGGCUUACUGCACCACACACCCUUUGGACAGGAGCAUUCUGCAUUUAACCAAAUAACGUUAGAGGUAACGUUAGUGGAGGGCUACAAAAAUGACUGUACUCCUAAUGACUGAGCCCGAGGCUUCUAUAAUAUGCAACUGAGACUGUAUCAAAAAUAUCUGCAGAAACAGUCAAAAUGCAUUGCUAUACUGACUCAUCAAAGAUGGGAAAUUUAGUCAUUGUCUUUGCAGGAGGCCAGCUGAGCUGAAUGACAAGCAUAUAACCAUAGGCAGUACUGUCAGAGUAUGAUUCGUUGCAGUAUUGUAGGAAUAAUUGCUUGGGUUCACAUAAGUUAGUACCAGCAUGAAGUAGUCAACCUGCAGCAGAAUUCAACCUGCUGAUUUACCUUGUUUCUUGUCCAAGAAGGUUAGCCUGACACUUCCAUGUAAAUAAGCCAUGUAUAGGUAUCUACACUAUAUGGGUUCAAACAAGAUGGACAAUUUCAUUAUCUCUAAAGAAACACUCCCCUCCACAUAUUCAACCAACCAAACAAAAACAAACAAAAAAACAACAACAGUCUUUCUACAUAUUUUUAUUGCUUUGGGAACAGUAGGGGAAGAUGAGCUUUCUGCUUACUAUCCAGAGUUUGGACAAAAUAUUGUAUUGCCACACAGGAGAUGGGUCUAAAGUAUGCCUAUACUGCCAGGGGUGGGAGGUGAGUAUUUUUCUUGGAGCUUUGUUGGAAACGCCCCUUUGGCACGCCAAUUGUGUGUGUGUGUGUUCAAAAUGCAUUGAAAAAUGGAGUGAAAUAUACAGUAAAAAGAACUUUUGCUUAUGUAGGUUUUUUUUAUCUUAUUUGUUUGUAACUUGUACAACGUAAUGAGGGUUUUUGUCUCACCAUGUAGAAGAAUUGACAAGUGUAACUGGUUUGUAGUAUCUGUAUUCCUGUUAGUGGGUAUCAGAAAUACAUAAAUGAACACUAAAGAUUUUUUGCUACCUAGGUGACACGCUUCAGAGGAGGCAAGUUAGACUAAAGGAUGCACAACUUAAUUCUGUGUUAAAACUUUCUAGAGAAAGCUGUCAGGACUGUAAGAACAGAAUGAUUACUCCCUAUCAAAUUACUGGCUUUCAGGCGUGAAUGAAAGCUAGUACAACCACCUCUUUCAAAUAAAUGUUUAGUUAUUUAACAAUAUCUUGCCAGAUGAAGUUACUAUUUUACUGAAUAUCACCUUUUUGAAUAGUGUCUUGCCUGUACGUGCACUUGAUUUCUAAGUGUGUGAAUAUUGUAGAUCAGUUUUCAUUAGAGUGCAAGUGCUCUCAACUCUAAAUUUUCCAAAAUUCCCAGUGCAAGCAGAGCAAAAAUGUCAAAAAUAGAUCAAAUUUUGUGGAACACAAGAGGAGUCUAGCCAAAAGGAGAUCAGAGAGGACUUAGUUGAGAGAAUACUUUUAAUUUCUUGCUCACACUAGUUGAUGUCAAGUGAUUCUUAGAGCUUUCAGGAGCAGAGGUGUAGGCAAUGCUGCAGAGUGCUGUAAAGCAAACUUCUGUUCACAGUGCACGUCUGCACCCACGAUGCUAUGCUGCCAAGCCUUAGCAGGAAUCUUGAGUUAAUGCUACAUCUCAGUAGGAAAGCAUAGAAAUAGAGGAUUCUAUUGGAAUAUUACAGAGUCAGAAAAGUGAUUGCGUAAAGAUAAAACUAAGAGAACUGUAGCAGCUUACCCUGAAGAAUGAUAACAAAAGUCUGCAAGGAUUUUCAAUAGGGAAUUAAACUAGUCAGUUUACAAUCAGAAAAACAACAAAAAAUAGCAGGAUUCAGUUAAUAAAUGGAAAAAUUAUCAGCAAUGUAUGUAUUGUCUUUCUUUGAUAACCUGUACUACAAUUGCUUCACAUAGUUCCAGAUUUUACAGGUUAUGUAAGUUUUAUAGUUAAGGAAACUAAGUUUUUAUCUUAAGUGAUGCUUAGUGACUUACCAAAAAGAAAGCAAGUUGAAAUUUUUUGAUGACUUUCUAAAAUUAGAAAUAAACUGUACAGAUCCUCAAAUCUAAUUUUGUAUUCAUGCUGCUGUCUUUUGGGGAACUGAGCUGAUGGACUCCUCACUUGUGAUUCCUCUGUUUAUAUUACUUCUGAAAUGUAGUGAUUGUCACAUAGAGAUACAUUAAACUUCUAUUUUGAAUUCACAUCUAAAUGGCAUGCCAAGCUAUAUAUGAGCUAACAUUGGUUGAAUGAGAGAACAUGGAAAAGCUGAGUCAGAUCUAGCCAGGCAAAGGUCGCUGAAAGACCUUCCUUGAAGUGAACAAACUAAAGACUACAUAAUAAUGCUUGUUUCUGAUUCAACAUUUUCAUGAUGAAGUUCCAGUUAGCAUAGUGCUGAUCUAAAGGUACUUAAUUCACAGUUGUGAAUUGCUUUUUGUCCACCAGAGGGUAUAAUACAACAUAAAAAUGACUGAAAGUGAGAGAGCAGAGACUUGUCUGAUAAUAGGUGAAUUGUGACUGGUUGAAUGUUUAUAUUUCCUCUGUUUGAGAGUGAACAUCCCACUUAGAGAGAGAGGAGGAAAACUUCAAAAACAAACACAAACCAACAAACGGGGCUCUAGUGGAGAAAUGUAAAGUGUUACUGCAGUUAGCCCCUAUUCAAAAAGGCCAUUUAAGCUUACUGGGCUUUUCAAUUUAAAUAUUUUCUAGUGUGGCUUACUGAGCCAACACCUUUAGAGAAUAAUUGCCUUAAAAUCUUUUCAAUGUCUGUCCAAACAAUUUUCUAGCUGCAUGAAGCAGCCCUGUAAAUGGUAGUGUUUGUGGCUAAUUUUGCUGCUUUUGCAAUUAAACAAUUUUUGUGUGUGCGUAUUUCAGUAGUGUUGCCUUAAAUUGUACUUCGAAUUCUGUAGUAUUUCCUGUAGAAUUUCCUGGUAAGAAUGUGUUGUUUCUAUCAAUUGGAUCUAUGUUCUGUGAAAAUAGAACCAACUUUAAUCUAAAAAUACAGAUGAAUCUAAUGGUUACUAUGGUAACUUGUGACCAUGGCAACAGAGAGAGGUAGUACUCUGAAGAAUUGAUAGGCUUUUUUCUUUUAAGACAACGAACUAACUGAUAGUGCAAGUAUUUCAGGGAAAAUACUGACUUUUUUAUUUAUUAACCACAUAGGAUCUUAUGAAUACAAGGGAUUUUGGCAGUGUCUCCCUUAAGAUCCUCAUAGAAAAGCUGAUGUACAAUGACCUGGAUCAGCAGAUGGUGAGGUGGAUUGAAAACUGGCUGAGUGACCAAGCCCAGAGGAUGGCAAUUGGUACAAAAUCUAGUUGGAGGCAAGUAACAAGUGGAGUAUCCUAGGGACAAUACUGAGUCCAGUUCUAAUAAUUUCCUCAUUAAUGAUCUGGGUGAUGGGGCAGAGUGUACCCUCAGCAAGUUUGAAGAUGCCACCUAACUGCUCCCAAUGGCUUAUACACCAGUGGGUUGUACAGGAAGAAGCAGGAGGUACAUAGAAUGUUUGAUAUUCCAUCUCGAAAUAUAUAGAAAUCCUAGGUGCAUAGCAAGACUGCCCGCAAUUCCUUGUGAUAUUAAGAAAGAGGUCUCGUCUGCUGAAGAAAGGUCAAAGACAUCAGGAAGUUACUGUAGGAAAGAGGAAAAGGUUAGAACAUCAUGGUUAAAGACUUUUUGUUGUCAAACAUGUAACAUAGAUUUGGUAUGUUUCUGUUUGAUUUUUCCAUCAUAAGAUCAGAGUUAAAUGAUGUAGCACCUUCAGGCCAGUGCUAAGUUUCAGCUAUGUAUUAUGAAUUGCCUUGAAGCAGUGCAGACCCCAAGAGCCUGUAUAGCAUUGGAGGAAGCUGUAACAAUUUAAAGACUGUUUACAAUCAAUAUAAAUAUAUUAUUGAAGGAAGUGAGAAUGGGCUCUCAUGACUAAAUCUUGUAUGUAGCAAGUGGCUUUCUAUGCCAGCAUAGAGAUAAUUUAAAUACUCUAUACUAGCAACACUCAGUGUAACUUUUAUAGGAAAAUGUAUUGGAUAUGAGUUUAGUCAAAGCCAAAUCUGAGUUUUUAAAGCUUUCUCUUUUUCCUAGGUAUUGUUGGGGAAUCUAGAAACUGAAUGGAAAUUACAGCAUUGCAGUUAUCACUCACUAAUUGUGAAGAGCCUGAAAUAAAUAGAAUCCAAGUUUAAUUUAAAAGCCAACUUUUGUAAAAGUCAGCUCUUCUUACUUCUGUAUUUGCCCCAGGAAUACUGUAGCUAAUCAGCGGAGUCACUAUGGUGAUCUAAGGCCAUUACUCUGGAAGAGGGGAAGGGAGAGGGGGGGAUGUCCAGCCAAACUGAAUUGGUUCUUCUAGUUCAGUCUUCUGCCUCUGGUACUGCUCACUCCAUGUGAUGGCCAGCAGGCAGUGUGGAAAUGAUACGUGUUGGAAAAACCUGUUCCUGACAUUGUUAUCUUUUUACCUGUGCUUUAAGGCAUCGUGGUGUUUAAUGCCUGGUUUCUUGGUUUUGGGGGGAGGCACUGAUGUUUGAAUUCCAUCAUUAAUUUUUUGUAAAGUUGUGAAAAGUUUGCUUACAUGUUGCAGUACAAUGACUUAAAUGUAGAAACUGUAAGGCAUCAGAGUCUUGUGUUGUGCUUGCUCUGUUACCUGGACUCUUUCACGUUUUUUUUUGUUUGUUUGUUUGUUUGCUUUUUAAAGAAAUUCUCUCUUGUUAAAUAUAUAUAUAUAUGUGUAUAUAUAUAUAUAUAUAUUAAAGAAAAUCAUCUAUUAUAUUCUCGAUAUCUUUCUCUUUUGCUUUCACUUUUCCUAUUUCACAGGACCUGUUGUUUUCCUUCCUUCUCCUCACAGAGCAUGGUACAAGUUUUUUAAUUGUGGUUGUGCUUUCAUUCCACGGGGUGGCAACUAGGUGACCAUUUGGUUAUUCCAAUAGAAGCAGCUUUCCCAGCCAAGUCCCCCUCUCUGGCAUAAGGGUCAUGAAUCUGUCAACUCAGCACUUCUAUUGGGGUUCAGAACAGCUGAACCCCUUCUGUUGAGCCUUCACAACAGCUCAUUAUAUUGUAUUUGUUCUGGCUUUAUCAAUUUUCUGGAGACUGUUGUAGCUGACAAGACAAAAAGGCAUCAUCAAAGGCUAAAUUUUGGAUCUUGCUUAUUGAUAUUGGUGUUCCAAGCAUAACUGAGUACAAGUAUAUGGUGUCAUUGUUAGACAAAUGUUUUAAUAAAUGUUUGGGGAAAUAUUAAUUGAAAUCUCUGCCUGUUAUUAGAAUAGGUUAUAGAUUUAUGAAUUGCAGGUAUGACUUUUUGUUCUUUGCUACUAAGCUUACAUAGUAUCUUUUUUCUCUACCCCUGAUUUCUUCUUCUUAUGCUUGUGGAUAUUUUCUUUAAAAGGCUUAUGUUUCGUUAUGUUCUCAAACUGUUGCCCUAAAUUGUUUUAAUUUAUCUCCGUGCCCUUCAUUUGUGUUUAGUUUUAUGCCUUCUCCAUUGUUGAAUGAAGAUAUGAAAAUUGAUAUAAAGCCCUACUAUUUCUGCCAUCUAAAAAUCAAGGCAAUUCUUAACAAUCCAGUUUGUCCUGGCUUUGUUUCCUCAUUUAUAAGUUGCCUGUCAAUAAUUGUGUCCACUUUCCAUCUGUUAACUGAGGACUUGGGUUCAAAACAUAACUAUAUAUGUUGAGUGGCCUUUUUGCCCACAGUAGAAUCAAGUACUAUUGCUUGAUUACUUGGGCUAAGAGACCCACCUACAUUGCAACUGCAAAUAACUUCAGGAGGGACUUGGGGGGCGUUCUUACGUACAAAGUUAGAGAGUGGUGAAUAUUAUGUGCAGAGCCUGUGCAGAAGCAUGAAUUAUUAGUCAAACACUACAUAGUUUGAACACCUACGUAUGAAAUAUUAGACUGGUGAGGAAGUUGCAGUCCUACAGUACAGGUGGCAAGAACUCAACCAACUUACUGAAAUGCCUGUGGUGCUAAAAACAAACAAACAAACAAACAAAAACAGGCACAGAAGGCAUGUGAAAUGAAUAGUUUGUCCUCUACCAGCUGUGGUAGUGUAUAAAGUGGGCAGACAGGGCUAGCAGUUACAGUGACUGGGAUAAGAGAGGAAUUCAGUUAGCAGGGUUCUACUGGCAUCUUUCUACUUGAUGCUUUGGGUAGUACUGAGGUUUUGAGCUGAGGGACUGUGGUCUGCAGCUGGAACUUAAUAACAGCAGUAACCAAGUCUCAUUUUCAGCUGAAAUUCAGCCAGCCUGCUCCCCCAUACCUCCAACACAUACAAACACACACAUACACACACGUUUUCUUUGGGACUGUGUGUAAGUGGAUCCUUUCCCUUCUUGCUGUUGUUUUUUCCUUGACUGUAUUAUUAAUGUCAGACCUACUAGCCUUCUGCCUGCAUGGAUAUCUUUAUGAAGUAGGCAAAUAUGCUGCUGCUUCUGUUUUAGUCAGCUCAAAGUUGACAUUCCCAACCCUAUCAUCUAGAAGCUGAAAUGUGUAUGCAAUAAAUAGGUGGUGUUUGCCUCUAUUUCUGGGCAUAUGCAAAAUUUGUUUAUUUUGCUCUUUGUGUCUGUGACAUUUCAUAUCCACACUUUUCCCAGAGAACAAGUGUAUUAUUCAUGUAUUCGUUGUACACUUAAAUAUGGUAUAACACCAUGACCUAUACACAAUGAUUACAGAUGCAGUUAAUGAGCUGCACUGGUUUGGAUUCUGAAUUGCAUUCCGUCUACUGUAUUUGUUAGAACACUGGUAGCUCUUGAAUUUCUGUGUUCUCUUCUGCGCUUGUGGGCUCAAAUGUAAAGCACUACUGAACUUCAGAGUUGUAGGUAACAGUUUAGAGAUGAUUGGAAGGCAUCUUAUUCUGCUAGCGCAGAAAUGGAAGUAAUCUUUAUGGAUCCCAGAGAUUAUCAUCUGGUCAGGAAUGUUCAUCCUGGUGAGAGUACAAAUACCUGUCCUGAGUAGGCAUGCUCUUUUCUACUUGAUGGAGAGGGGAUAAUCUGUCUGCUUACAAGUAUCAAGAAACUAUUAGAAUUUUCUGAAUCACUAAUGUCACUGGGCUAUGCAAAAGAUCAAUGUGAAAGCAAGGACACAAAUAAAUGAAGGGAAUUGAGUAUGAUGUACUUGCGCUUCUGCCAUUUGAUUUGACGUGUAAAACCAGACCUUUGUACUGGACCAUGCUACAGGUGAUGACAAAUGAAAUGCUAAGUUUCAUUUUAGAAGUUCUUAAUCCACUGGUUAUAAGUGGUAUUAUCAGGGGUAUAAGAAUAUAUAUAUACAUGUUCUCUUUUCAGCCUUAAAUGUAUAUAUUCAAUUUAUUAAUUGUUAUGUUUCAUAUAAUUGUGUCUGGCCAUUUGGCUGCUUUUUCUCGUUUGGUUUGGUUGUAUGUGCUUCAUGAGAAGGUUUUCUUGGAUUGCAUUAAAUGAGUAAAGGCCCUUUUGAAAUGGGUACAUAUAAAGAAAAGAAUCAGAGAUUCUGCAGAAGAGAUGAAGAAUUGUUUCAGGGAAUACCUGUUUAAGCCAUCAAAGCAGUUCUUGUGCAUGUUCGUGUGUUAGUGAAAUGAAGGUGAAGGAGGUCAAAACUUCCAAUUACUUAGCAUCGGAGAAAUACUGUUCUAAGCUCCAAUAAAGCUGGAACAGUGAAAUCUGAAACAAACACAGCUUUUUAGUUAAAACUUUAAUAUCUUAAUGAGAAUAAAUCCUUCAGUACAUAAACUAAAUAACUGUGAUUAGACAUAUUAAAAUGCUUUUUCUGAUAGACGGUAGAGGAGCAAUAUGAUUCCUGUAGGAAUGCAAACAUGUUGUUGCUAUGGAGCUUCUGCAAUCAUCAUAGUUAACAACACUGCAAAAGCUGCCAGUACUCAGCUUGCAGGAGAGAGAAAAAAAAAUCAUAACUUUAAUUUAUUUCUACAGAAUUCAUUAAAAAAUAUGUUCUAGCAGUGAAGUAGGAGAAACUGUCCCAUCAAGGUAAUUCAGUUCAUUUUCAGAAAAUGAGCUAACCUGUAUGCCAGGAUUUAUGGUAAACUUCCAUGCAGCAAAAGAGCAAAAGCCAGAAGCAGGGAAAGGUGUUACCAAUCAGCAUGUAGGUGAAAUCAAGUAAAUGAUUUAAGAGGGACAUACAUUAGUUGAGGAAAGUCAUUGCACACAUAUUCACGUCUGUGGUAGAAGAAAACACCCACCCUGAAUAAGCAACUCAAAGGAAGUUGUUAAGCACAAACAGAAACUAUGAAUAACAAACAAACAGCAGCUGGCCUGUUUAGAACUACUCAAAGUAUAAGAAGAAGGAAAUAACUGAAUAUAUAGGUUAGAUUAAAUAUUCAUUUAAUCCUAGAUUGACACUCUUAUUCUUGUAGUACUGGGGAGCCAUGCAUCUCAGAUGAAUUUGUAGAUAUAGAAGAUGGUAUUUUAGUAAGCUUUAUAUGACUAGUCUUUUAAAAGUCUUCUCAUAAAAUCUCAUUUGAAUUUUGAGCAUUCUGACUGAAUCCUUUUUUGUGCAGAACUGUUCAGUAACAAACAGUCUCCUUAAAAGUAGAAUGCCCAUUUCCUUGUGUGUGAGAUUAUGCGAAGGAAAACCACAUACAGUGAUCUUUUGUUGCUGCUGUGACGCAUGUCAAAUAUGGAUUUAACAGUUUUUUGCUGUUCUUUCCAUGUCAUUAAAAACAUUAUUUCUUCUAGUGAGAACAGUACUUUCAACUUGUUUCUUUUUUUUUUCUUUUUGCUUGUUACAAUUCAAUUCUUGCCUUGAUUUUCCUUUAGCUCUCUGAUGUGAUCCUGCAUGCCUGAAAUCAAAAUGAAUUUAGCUGUUAGAUAUAGUAGAUUUCCUUGUUUUUUGUACCUAUGUUCAACAGCUUUUACACUGCAUCUCAGCCCGCAUUAUUUGUGGAUUUGAUAUAUGAUUCACUAAUGACUCUGAAAUGUAUUAGGUUUUUAAGAUAUUCUACUCAAUAAUUUUUCAACCACACUUCUCUUAUAUUUGUAGGUCUUUCUCAACAUAAGUGCUAUAUCUAGAUUUUUAAUUUUCUGAGACACAAUUAAAUGUGAUAAAAGUUCUCCAUAAAAAUAAGUAUUGCUCUGUUACUUUCCUUUUGAAAUUGACUGUGAGGGAUCUUAAAGUAUAUAAUUCCAUAUCAUGUCAAGUAUGCAUAAAAUGCAUUUAUCCCAGUAUUUACAGAAAUUUUACUUUAAUGUGGUAGGUGCUUGCUCUGUGACUAAAAUUUAAACAAAAGUACCAUGUCUUCCACAGUCUCUUUGAGGAUACUGCUGGCCUUUUCCCUGCAGUAGAUGCUGUCAGUUUCUUCUCUGCGUUCAACACAGGCAAAUGACUUUGGCUCCCCUCCACUCUAGUUACUUUAAUAAAUAGGUUUAUAUCUGUUGUUUAAAAAUAAUAAUAAUAAUAAAUCUCAUUUGGGAAGAAUGUUUGUAUGGUCUUUGCUGCUUACCCGGAGAUCCCAUUAUGUCUUUUGUCUUUGUCCCUAUUCUGUUUUACUGUUAAUUGGAAGGUGACUGACUUGUAGCAGAAUCACAUAUGCACAGAACAGGUUAGUGGGGAGGUAUGAUGAGACGUUUCAUGUUGGUCUUUUCAACUGAAUACCACUUACUUUGUGGUGAUUGACUCAGGCUAGUUUCCCAAAUUGUGCAGUAUUUUGAAGAACAAAAUUAAUCUGUGUUCUUAUAGUCCUAAUGAGACUUCCAAUUCUUUCAUAUGUGUUUUACCUGUUACUGUUUUAAAUACAGUAUUUCCUUGAUCUCUGUUCUUUCACAGGACUAUCAGAAGGAACAAAUUUCAUCAAACUGACCUGGUAGAGAUCUUAAUUGCAUGCUCCUUUAGCUUGGGUGUUGCUCAUCAAAAUUUGUAAGGGUUGCAACUACUUUAAAAUUAUUUUUUUAUAACUGUAGGAAAAAAAAAUAUUAACCAUGGGUGAUACAUUUUGUGCUGCCCUUUGAAAAUGCAGUUUCCACUUUCUAGUGAGCUGCACAGCACAUGCUGUGCUGCAAAAUUUUCAUCCUUCCCCUUAUUAUUGCACACAAAGUAAUUAUUUUUAGUUUAGCUUGACAGACUGGUGAAAGGAGACCAUUUGAGAAGUGAGGCGGGCUGAAGUUUUGUAGAAUUUCCCAACAGCUCUGCACUGAAUCAUCAAGUCCCAAGAGCACAGAGGCAUUCCGUAGAAAUGUCACACAGGCCUUCUGGCAUAUUAAUCAGGAAGCAACAAUAAGCUCCUACUUCCAGACAGGUUGAUUCUAGAGUUCUUUUUGCUCAGCUUGGGAUCAAAACUGUUAGCAUCCAGUGAUGGGACUGUUCAAGCAAACCCAGGAUUAAGAUAAGAAUACAAUCUAGAUUUAAGUUAUCUCAGCCAUGGGGACGAGAGAAGCCUUGCCUCUGGUGAUUUUUUUCUAGUGUGUUUUAGUUGUAUUACAAUCACAGUUCUUUCCUCAGCUUUUACAAGUUGGACUCAGUAAAACAUGUACAUGUAAGUCUACCACUAUUCUCACAUCUGUAAGACCUGUUCUAUACAUAUGCUGUUUUUUAACUUACUGUAGAUUUAGGCAUAAAAUUUCAAAUUUUAUUUUGAAAUUUUCAGCAUAGAUCAAUCUUGAGUAAUAAAUAAAAGGUAAAUAAUACACAUUCAUGAGCAAUAACCUGCUAAAAGGAAGAGAUGGAGAUCAGGUAGCUAAAUUGUCUAUAACAUUAAAUUUUCAAAGUAAUUUAAAUGUUAUUGAAAGGAAAAUAACAAUAAUAAAAAUGCUGUUUAUAUGCUAUUAAAAAAAAAGUUGAAUAGCUAUAAAAAAAGUUUUGGGAAAUGCAAAUACGAAAAUUAACAGAGUGAAUGCUGUAGAGCCACAUUGCAUUUCAUCUUGUGCUAUUAAAAAUACAAAGGGAGAUGCUGUUAAAUUCUUAUAUAAUAUGCAAAUGAAUUCCUCUUUAUCCGGAAAUAAGAAAAAGUGAAUUUAGCUCCUUUUGUUGCAACAACCAAAAGUUGUUCCUAAAACACUGGAGUUUUAAAACGUUGUACUUGCUAACCUAUGGAAUUAAUUACUGAAAAACAUCUAAAAUUGAAGAGGUUUUCAGAUUUCAAUUUAAAUAUUUGAUUAGUUUUAUGGCAUAUAUGAUUAUUAAUAGGUGAAAAAUUAUGGCAAAUAAUAAAGUAAAAAAAUCCCAGGUAAAGCAAUCACUCCUCUUCACUCCCUUCCCUACUCACCAGCAAAUUACAGGAGUUCAAGAAGCACUAUUACCUACAUGUAGUUGCUGCAGUCCCAGAAAAAGCAGGCCCAGUGAGCAUUUAGGAAUCCACAGAGGCAUAACCAACAUACACGUACCUGCAUAACCUUCAUGCUCCACAAGUACAUAAUGUAGUAUUUGCCCAAAGCACUUAAAGAUUCAAGCAAGAGCAAGUACAAGGGAACUGUGAGGUCACCACAAGUGACAGCAGUCUGGCUGUUUCCUAAAGAUUAUGUCAGAGAGCAGAAUACUGUUUUCUGUCCCACAACCCACCAGGAACCAGAAAUGGCAGCGUGUUAACUGAGGUGAAUGGGAAAUUUGAGGACAAAUAUUCAAUAUAGUUUUGAUACAGUGUAGCUACAGUGUCCUAUGCUAUGAAUCUUUCUUGCCUCAGACCAUAACUACUUGUAAAUCAAAAGCAUCAGAAAGACAUCUCUAGCAGUUUUUUCCGUAAUGGCAAAGUGCCUUGAAUCUUCCUUUCACCAGCUUUAUAAUUACAGUGGACAAUUACAAUUAUCUGGUUUUCAAAAAUUAAACGCUUUAUUGCUUGCUUUCCAAAUUGCACAGAUACAACUUCGCUAUCACUUCAGUGGGUGGAGCUCUGGAUUGUCUGACUUCAACUUGGUCCUGAUAUAGUGGUAAACAAUGCUACUUCUAUUGCAGUUGUAAAAAGGCAAGUGGAAACUUUAAAGGUAUAGGGCAAAUCUACAUAUGAUAAAAUAACCAAAAUAACAUUUUUCCUUGACUUAAACCUUUGGAAAGAGACCAAGGCAACAAUGACAAGUAAGAAAAGAUAACGACCCUUUUCAUGGGUCAUUAAUGACUCACAAGAGCAGAGUAGAGAGGGAUAAUCACCUCCCUCAACCCGCUGGUCAUGCUUUUGAUGCAGUUCAGGUGGUUGGCUUUCUGGUCUGCAGGUGCACACUGCUGGCUCAUACUCAGUUUUUCAUCUACCAGAACCCUUAAAUCCUUCUCCAUAGCGUUGCUUUGUCUUUAGUGAAGCUAUGUUGGCUUCAUGUCACCAAUCAUCUCUCUGUUCUCAGUGUACUUUAGCUCAGUUUCCAGGAAGAUCCGUUCCAUGAUUUUGCCAGGCACAGUGAUGAGAAUGACUGGCCUGUAGUUCCCCAGAUCUCUUUAUCUUUUUUUUUUUUUUUUUUUUUUUUCAAAAAAAAAAUGGGGGGGGCAAGUCAGGUGGGUCAAUCAGUCCUUUUGUCCAUACUGUGCUCUGCAUAUGCAAUAUGAAAUAAGGAUUUAUUUUUUAACUGCAAGACUAAUAUUAAUCUGAAACACUCUUGCACAAUUAUAAUAAAUUCCCUAUGCUACUGAAGAAUAUAGACAUACUAUUUUAGUACAGCUUAAAUUUAGCACUAGGCAACACUAACCAUAUCGUUAUGUAUUGGAGACGGAUGUUGCAUCCAGUAUUCUCUGAAGGUUCCCCAAAGCAGUUCACAGAUGAAUUUGAAAGUCUUGUGCUAUCAAAGAGUACUAUGUUGCUAUCUGAAGAGACAAAAACCUACAUGAAACCAUACUGAAUGUAAAGGAAAGCAUAUUUUAUUAGCAGAAACAGCUUUGGGGAAUAUUUAGCAAAUCAUUUUUUAUAAAGUAAAAUAUCUGGAGAAUUUAGAAUAUGUUAAAAUCAAGAGGUAAUGAUUGCCUCUGUUAACUAAGAAUAGCAUUUAGGACUGCUACAGGUUCAAAUUUAACUCAAAGUAGCUGUGCUUGAAAGUAGUUACCUGCUUUUUUGGUUUUGAGAAUAGAUCUAGAGUUAACUGAUGAAGUGUUUACAUUGCCAAGUGCAAAUAUGCAAAGACAGGUAUAUUUUAAAGAUUUGCAAGAAAAUGAGCUUGAAAAUAAAUGUCAGUUAAAUGUUACAUAUAAUUAAAUGUAUGAUCCCAUAUGAGUAAAAUAUAAAAACCUUUGCUAGAGAUAUUUUUAAAUCUUUCUGAAAGAUAGGAAAAUAUUUAUAUUUUCCAUUAAUAUGUAGCACAGUUUAUAUUAAUUGUGUUCCUGCCUGUACUAUAUUAUUCUCUCUCAUAUUUUUUUCCUUUUUUUUUUUCCUGAAUCUUCACAAGACAAAACUUUGACAAAUUUAAAAACAGCAGCAUAGGAAAAAAAAAAAAAAAAAAAAACAGAAAUGGCAGGCAGGGACCUGCUUCCUUCCCUGUAAUAGGGGAGGAGAAAUGUGCUACGUUUUCAGAGUUUAAGAUGCCAACUAUUGACACACUUCUAUUUUCUGUAAACCCUUUCAUUUAAAUACUUUUCUCAGCAAGAAAACUGAAAUGGAAACUAGUAAUUUUCAGCUGAUUGUUUUAUGAUCACAGUUCAUUUUGUCAUUUUGUGAGAUAAUGGUUUUGGGGAUAAACUUUUCAGUCUGAUGAAUGAAAGCAGGUACUAGCAUAUAUAUUCUGAAACGCUUACUGUAUCCUAACCUUCAUUAGUAAUGAAAUCUGAGGAUUUAUCCCAAAUUUGACAACUUUCAUUGGAUUACUAAUAUAUCCCUAAUAAAAGUGUUUUUGAAUCCAGACCUAUUCUGUAUUUCCUUUUUUAAGGACUACAAAAGUCCUCCUCACCUUCCCCUCCAAUGCAUUAAGCUCUUGAAGUUGCCUUUUUAAAAAAAAAAAAAAAAAAAAAAAAAA